GCGUGCAGAACAGGACGAGGAAGGGGGCGGCAGAGUCUCUCGCGGUCGUGGUCCGGGCUGCAGAAGCUGGUGUCAGGGUUGCCGGGCGUGCGAAGGCGGCGGAGGCGGGAAAGGCAGCGAGCGGUUAAAGGCGAGCGACCGCUGACUUGCAGAGGAACCUGGAGGAGAGAUGGUGAUGGCGGCUAAGAAGGGCCCGGGCCCGGGUGGCGGGGUUGGAGGGAGCAAAGCGGAGGCUGAAGCGGCUUCGGAGGUGUGGUGCCGCCGAGUGCGGGAGCUGGGCGGCUGCAGCCAGGCCGGGAACCGCCACUGUUUCGAGUGCGCCCAGCGCGGGGUCACGUACGUGGACAUCACCGUGGGCAGCUUCGUCUGCACCACCUGCUCCGGCCUCCUGAGAGGCCUGAACCCCCCUCAUCGAGUCAAGUCCAUCUCCAUGACAACUUUCACUGAGCCGGAAGUCCUAUUCCUCCAAUCUCGUGGAAAUGAGGUCUGCCGGAAGAUCUGGCUCGGCCUGUUCGAUGCUCGGACAUCGCUGAUGCCAGAUUCCAGGGAUCCUCAGAAGGUGAAGGAGUUUCUCCAAGAAAAAUAUGAGAAAAAAAGAUGGUACGUCCCCCCAGAGCAAGUCAAGGGACCCUCUUACAGCAAAGGCAGUGUCUCUGCUACCCCUGCCCAGGGCUCUGUCCCAGAAGGAAAACCCUUUCGGACACUCCUGGGAGACCCUGUGCCAUCUCUGUCUGAUGCUGCUCCUACUUCAAGCCAGUCUGUCAGCCAGUCUCAGGCACGCACAGCACAGGCCAGGAGCUCCCAGCCUCCUUCCCAUUCAUCCACCAAGAAGGCCAGCACUGACCUGCUGGCCGACAUCGGCGGAGACCCCUUUGCUGCUCCUCAGGUGGCGCCAGCCUUUGCCUCUUUCCCAGGUUUUGGAGGUCAGACCCCUUCCCACGGAGGCUUUGCCAACUUCGAUGCCUUUAGCAGCCCCGGCUCUUCUGCCUUCGGAAGCCUCCCUCCAUCGGUCCAAGCCCCGUUCCAGGCCCAGCCGACCCCUGCAGCCAAUCGGAUGCUAACUGGAAGUUACAGCUUUGGGAGCAGCCAGAUGUCCGCCUUUGCUGUUGCUCCCCUUGCCGCUGCCAGUCAACCCAACAGCCUUGCGGAUGUGGGCGGCCUCCUGGGGCCCAGGAUGGCUGCCGGAGGUCUCCCUGGCAGUGUUUUUGGGAUGCCCAGCCAGGUUCCCACACUGCAGUCGGCUGUGCCCGGUGUUAGCGGCAGUGCAGGGCUCCCUUUUGGAGCCUUCACCAACCCCUUCGCCACCCCUGCCCAGCCCCAGCUGCCUUCUACCAAUCCAUUCCAACCCAAUGGUCUAGCCUCAGGGCCUGGCUUCGGGAUGAGCAGCGUCCGGCCUGGCCUUCUGCAGCCAGUGCCCCCCUCCGGGGCCUUCGCCACGACCUUCCCUGCACCCGUGUUCCCCACACAGGCUGGACUGGCCGAACAGCAGAAUGGUUCUUCCUUUGGCGACUUGGGGCCCUCUAAGCUGGGGCAGAGGCCACUGAGCCAGCCGGCUGGGAUCUCUACCAAUCCUUUCAUGACCGGAUCCUCAGCAUUUGCCUCCAAACCGCCAACCACGAACCCGUUCUUGUAGCACUGUGUCACUGGGGGAAGAAGAGGCUCUCCCCUACUUGGGGCAUGGGGGACAGCUCCUACUUCUGCUGCCCCCCUCCCCGCCCCCAGAGCUCUGGUGACCCUUUGCCUGUGGGGCAUUUCUGUGGGUCUGAGGCUGGGAUUGGGCCUGGUUGGCGGGGACUUCUGGAUCUAGGGACAGGGGAGGUUCAGAAGCACAGCUUGAGGCUUGGGGAUGAGUCAGGCUCUAGCCUCCUGGUCGGCCGCCCAGGGGUUUCCUCUUCCUCGCUGGACACCUACUCAGAAAGAAGCCCAGAAGGAGCAAAAGACCCUCCCAGGAGGCCCCAUCAUGCUGUGUUUCUGUCAGAUUAUUAAGUAUGAAGACAGCCCUCGAUCCUGUCCUGUGGAGAGAGAAGUUAGGCAGGGCCCCAGCAGCAGACUCCCCCCCUCCCCGAGGGAACAGCUCCUCCACACCCAACCUUCCAAAGCUGCCGCCGUCCUCCCAGAUAGAAGCAGAGCCCAAAUGUAGGGUAAAGAUGAGGCCUGGUGUUGAAAGCCACCGGACAGCCCUGGGUCAGUGGUGCAUCUGGUGUUUGCCAGACUCAGCCACGCCCACUGUGCUCCACCUCAGUUCUUCCUAGCUGUCCCCUCAUCCUGGCCCGCAGGGUCUGGGAGUGUGACCUGCAGAGGAUGCGUGCCCACCUCCUGUCAAGCACUUUAGUUAGCCCUGUCAUGUUUGGAUACCAGUGUUUUAUAUUUAUAAAUAGAGAAUUUUCUAAUAUAGCCUAUUAAAUACAUAAAUAUGUA